GGGCCAUGGGGGUCGUGGGCCGGCGUCCCGGGCCGCGCGUCGCCAGCCGCCCGCGCCGGCGCUGAGUCCGGGCCCCGUUCGCAGCCGCGCGGCGCAGGUGAGCGAGGAAGCGGCCGCGCCAUGGUGGACCCGGUGGGCUUCGCCGAGGCGUGGAAGGCGCAGUUCCCGGACUCGGAGCCGCCGCGCAUGGAGCUGCGCUCGGUGGGCGACAUCGAGCAGGAGCUGGAGCGCUGCAAGGCCUCCAUCCGGCGCCUGGAGCAGGAGGUGAACCAGGAGCGCUUCCGGAUGAUCUACCUGCAGACGCUGCUGGCCAAGGAGAAGAAGAGCUACGACCGCCAGCGCUGGGGCUUCAGGCGCGCCGCGCCGCCGCCCCCCGACGGCAGCGCCGAGCCCCGCGCGCCCGCGCCGCGCCCGCCGCCCUCGCCCGCCGACGCCGCGGCCGCCGCCGCCGCGGAGCCGCCGGCCGCCGCCGAGGAGCCGGACGCGCGGCCCGACGGAGAGGGCUCCCCGGGCAGGAGCAGGCCCGCGGCCGCCCGCCGCUCGGCGUCCGCGGCGCCCGCCGACCGGGACCGGGACCGGGAGCGGGACGAGCGGGGCGCCCCCACCAGCGUCGCGGCGCUCAGGUCCAACUUCGAGAGGAUCCGCAAGGGCCACGGGCAGCCCGCCGCCGGGGCGGCCGAGGGCGAGAAGCCCUUCUACGUGAACGUCGAGUUUCACCACGAACGCGGCCUGGUGAAGGUCAACGACAAAGAGGUGUCGGACCGAAUUAGCUCCCUGGGCAGCCAGGCCAUGCAGAUGGAGCGCAAGAAAGCCCAGCUCGGCGCCGGCUCCGGCCCGGCCGACGCGCCCCGGCCCGCUUACCGGGGCGCGCGGACCUCGGAGAGCGGCGGCGGCGGCGUCGACGGCGACUACGAGGACGCCGAGCUGAACCCUCGCUUCCUGAAGGACAACCUGAUCAGCGCCAACGGCGGCGGCAAGCCCCCGUGGCCCCCGCUGGAGUACCAUCCCUACCAGAGCAUCUACGUGGGGGGCCUGAUGGGGGACGGGGAGGGCAAGGGGCCCCCGCUCCUGCGCAGCCAGAGCACGUCGGAGCAGGAGCGGCGCCUCACGUGGCCCCGCAGGUCCUACUCGCCGCGCAGCUUCGAGGACAGCGGAGGGGGCUACACCCCCGAUUGCAGCUCCAAUGAGAACCUCACGUCCAGCGAGGAGGACUUCUCCUCGGGCCAGUCCAGCCGCGUGUCCCCGAGCCCCACCACCUACCGCAUGUUCCGCGACAAGAGUCGCUCCCCCUCGCAGAACUCGCAGCAGUCCUUCGACAGCAGCAGCCCCCCGACGCCCCAGUGCCAGAAGCGGCACCGGCAGGGACAGGUCGUGGUGUCGGAGGCCACCAUCGUGGGGGUGCGCAAGACGGGGCAGAUCUGGCCGAGCGAUGGGGACAGCUUGUCGGGGAGGCAGGACGGCACCUUUCAUGGAGAUGCAGAUGUGUCGUUCGGGACGCCGCCUGGGUACGGCUGUGCCGCGGACCGGGCUGAGGAGCAGCGCCGGCAUCAGGACGGGCUCCCCUACAUCGAUGACUCACCCUCUUCCUCGCCGCACCUCGGCACCAAGGGCAGGGCCAGCCGGGACGCUCUGGCCUCGGGAGCCCUGGAGUCCACAAAAGGGAGUGAGCUGGACUUGGAGAAGGGCCUGGAGAUGAGGAAGUGGGUCCUGUCCGGAAUCCUGGCCAGUGAGGAGACCUACUUGAGCCACCUAGAGGCGCUGCUGCUGCCCAUGAAACCUUUGAAGGCCGCCGCCACCACCUCUCAGCCAGUGUUGACCAGCCAGCAGAUCGAGACCAUCUUCUUCAAAGUGCCUGAGCUCUACGAGAUCCACAAGGAGUUCUACGACGGGCUCUUUCCCCGGGUGCAGCAGUGGGGUCACCAGCAGCGCGUGGGUGACCUCUUCCAGAAGCUGGCCAGCCAGCUGGGUGUGUACCGGGCCUUUGUAGACAACUAUGGAGUUGCCAUGGAAACAGCUGAGAAGUGCUGUCAGGCCAACGCUCAGUUUGCAGAAAUCUCUGAGAACAUGAGAGCCAGGAGCAACAAGGAUGCCAAGGACCAAACCACCAAAAACUCUCUGGAAACCCUGCUCUACAAGCCCGUGGACCGGGUGACUCGCAGCACGUUGGUCCUGCACGACUUGCUGAAGCACACUCCCUCCAGCCACCCCGACCACCCCCUGCUGCAGGAUGCCCUCCGGAUCUCACAGAACUUCCUGUCCAGCAUCAACGAGGAGAUCACCCCCCGCCGGCAGUCCAUGACCGUGAAGAAGGGAGAGAACCGGCAGCUGCUCAAGGACAGCUUCAUGGUGGAGCUGGUGGAGGGGGCCCGCAAGCUGCGCCACGUCUUCCUCUUCACCGACCUGCUGCUGUGCACCAAGCUCAAGAAGCAGAGUGGAGGCAAAACCCAGCAGUACGACUGUAAGUGGUACAUCCCGUUGACGGACCUCAGCUUCCAGACGCUGGACGAGUCGGAGGUGGCGCCCAACAUUCCCCUGGUUCUUGACGAGGAGCUGGAUGCCAUGAAGAUCAAGAUCUCUCAGAUCAAGAAUGAUAUUCAGAGAGAGAAGAAAGCGAACAAGGGCAGCAAGGCCAUCGAGCGGCUGAAGAAGAAGCUCUCGGAGCAGGAGUCGCUGCUUCUGCUCAUGUCCCCCAGCAUGGCCUUCCGGGUGCACAGUCGCAACGGCAAGAGUUACACAUUCCUGAUCUCGUCCGACUAUGAGCGCGCCGAGUGGAGGGAGAACAUCCGGGAGCAGCAGAAGAAGUGUUUCAAAAGCUUCUCCCUGACGUCUGUGGAGCUGCAGAUGCUGACCAACUCGUGCGUCAAACUUCAAACUGUUCACAGCAUUCCACUGACCAUCAACAAAGAAGACGAUGAGUCUCCUGGGCUCUGUGGUUUCCUGAAUGUCAUUGUUCACUCCGCCACUGGCUUUAAGCAGAGUUCAAAUCUGUACUGCACACUGGAGGUAGAUUCCUUUGGGUAUUUUGUGAAUAAAGCCAAGACGCGAGUUUACAGGGACACAACAGAACCAAACUGGAAUGAGGAGUUUGAGAUUGAGCUGGAAGGCUCCCAGACGCUGAGGAUACUGUGCUACGAAAAGUGUUACAACAAGCUGAAGAUCCCCAAGGAGGACGGCGAGAACACGGACCGGAUCAUGGGGAAGGGCCAGGUCCAGCUGGACCCUCAGACCCUGCAGGACAGAGACUGGCAGCGGACUGUCAUCGCCAUGAACGGGAUUGAAGUGAAACUCUCAGUCAAGUUCACCAGCAGGGAGUUCAGCCUGAAGAGAAUGCCUUCCCGAAAACAGACCGGGGUCUUCGGAGUCAAGAUUGGCGUGGUCACCAAGCGGGAGCGGUCCAAGGUACCCUACAUUGUGCGGCAGUGUGUGGAGGAGAUCGAGCGCCGGGGCAUGGAGGAGGUGGGCAUCUACCGCGUGUCCGGAGUAGCCACGGAUAUCCAAGCGCUGAAGGCGGCCUUUGAUGUCAAUAACAAGGACGUGUCCGUGAUCAUGAGCGAGAUGGACGUCAACGCCAUAGCCGGGACGCUAAAGCUCUACUUCCGAGAGCUGCCCGAGCCCCUGUUCACCGACGAGUUCUACCCCAACUUCACGGAGGGCAUCGCUCUUUCAGACCCCGUGGCUAAGGAGAGCUGCAUGCUGAACUUGCUGCUGUCGCUCCCAGAGGCCAACCUGCUGACCUUCCUCUUCCUUCUGGACCAUCUGAAAAGGGUGGCCGAGAAGGAGACGGUGAACAAGAUGUCCCUGCACAACCUCGCCACGGUUUUCGGCCCCACGCUGCUCCGGCCUUCAGAGAAGGAGAGCAAGCUCCCCACCAACCCCAGCCAGCCCAUCUCCAUGACCGACAGCUGGUCCCUGGAGGUCAUGUCCCAGGUCCAGGUGCUACUGUACUUCCUGCAGCUGGAGGCCAUCCCCGCCCCGGACAGCAAGAGACAGAGCAUCCUUUUCUCCACUGAGGUGUAAAGACCCGUCUCCAUCUCCAAGAGGGUGACAGAAGGCCUUCUGCGAAGCGGGAACCAAACUUCUUGAGGAGGAAUUUGGACAUCCCCAAGGGCCUGGCCAUCUGCCAAGAGACAGCUACCCGAGGCAAAAGGCCACGCCACGCAGCCGGGGCAGUUCCAGGGAGUGCCCCUAGGGAACCCCCGGCAGGCCUCUGACUGUGGCUUUCCGCCCUGCCACCGGGGGGCGCCCCAAGCCAGCACAUCUUGAAGUGCUCGCCUGAUGGAGGCCGGACCGGGGACCGGGCGAAGGGAGCGGUUUUUAUGAACCUAACUUAUAUCUGAGUUUAAACUGUUUCUACUGGAUCACUCGUCAAGAUGCACCCUUUCUGGGGAGAAGGGAACGCAAGCAGGUCCCCUCACUCUGUGUCUUGAAUAAACACUGCUGCUGCUUCA